CAGCCAUGAACGAUCAAGUGCCCAACUUCAAUCCCUCAUAAGCGAACCCGUAAGCGCGCCCGUCUGGCUUACGUGGUUAGAGGACAGACAGGCUCGCCGCUUGCCGCUUACAACCCAAUUAUUUGCGUCAAGCACUAGGAUCUGCCAGGGCCAGGGCUCGUAUGAGCGAAAGACUUGACGGGCGGUUGAGGGCCAACUGAGGCAACAGGUCAAACUCAAUUUCCCUCGAUUGCAUCUGAUCGGCACUCCCAGAGAGAGAGAGAGAGAGAGAGAGAGAGAAUGAUUCCCGACGGAGUCGAAGACGAAGAGAAAUGGCUCGCCGCCGGCAUCACCGGACUUCAGCAGAACGCCUUCUACAUGCAUCGCGCACUUGACUCCAACAAUGUCAAGGACGCCCUCAAGUACUCCGCCCAGAUGCUCUCCGAGCUUCGCACCUCGCGGCUUUCCCCUCACAAAUACUACGAGCUCUACAUGCGAGCGUUUGAUGAGUUGAGGAAGCUGGAAAUGUUUUUUGAGGAGGAGACGAGGCGUGGUUGCUCCAUUAUCGAUCUGUACGAGCUUGUGCAGCACGCCGGUAACAUAUUGCCCAGAUUGUAUCUUCUUUGUACUGUGGGAUCUGUGUAUAUCAAAUCCAAGGAAGCUCCUGCAAAGGAUGUCCUUAAGGAUCUUGUAGAAAUGUGCCGUGGCAUACAAAAUCCUGUACGUGGGCUUUUUCUGAGGAGUUAUCUUUCUCAGAUCAGUAGGGAUAAGUUGCCAGAUAUCGGUUCAGAAUAUGAAGGGGAUGCUGACACUGUGGUUGACGCUGUAGAAUUUGUACUUCAAAACUUCACAGAGAUGAACAAGCUUUGGGUGCGGAUGCAACAUCAGGGACCUGCUCGGGAGAAGGAAAGACGAGAAAAAGAAAGGAGCGAGCUUCGUGAUCUUGUCGGGAAGAACCUCCAUGUCCUCAGCCAGAUUGAGGGUGUUGACCUUGAUAUGUACAGAGAUACCGUGCUUCCCAGAGUCUUGGAGCAGGUUGUCAACUGUAAAGAUGAGCUUGCACAAUACUAUUUGAUGGAUUGCAUCAUUCAAGUCUUUCCAGAUGAGUACCACUUGCAGACUCUUGAGAUAUUGUUAGGUGCUUGCCCCCAGCUUCAGCCAUCUGUUGAUAUCAAGACAGUGCUUUCACGGUUAAUGGAACGGCUGUCAAAUUAUGCUGCUUCAAGUGUUGAAGUCUUACCUGAAUUCUUACAAGUAGAAGCGUUUGCAAAACUGAACAGUGCCAUAGGGAAGGUGAUUGAGGCACAGGUUGACAUGCCGAUAGCUGGCGCUGUGACUCUAUAUUCUUCCCUCCUUACAUUUACUCUUCAUGUUCAUCCUGACAGGCUUGAUUAUGUAGAUCAAAUAUUGGGAGCAUGUGUAAAGAAACUCUCUGGGAAAGGAAAGCUGGAUGAUAGCAAAGCAACAAAGCAGAUUGUUGCUCUUCUGAGUGCUCCCUUGGAGAAAUAUAAUGAUAUUGAGACUGCCCUGAAGCUUACAAACUACCCCCAUGUAAUGGAGCACCUUGACAAUGGAACAAAUAAAGUCAUGGCUGGUGUUAUCAUUCAAAGCAUCAUCAAAAGCAGGAUUUGUAUUUCUACAGCUGAAAAGGUUGGGGCAUUGUUUGAAUUAGUAAAAGGCCUUAUCAAGGAUUUGGAUGAGAAUCUUCACGAUGAGCUUGAUGAGGAGGAUUUUAAUGAGGAGCAAAAUUCUGUUGCACGUCUCAUUCAGAUGCUGUAUAAUGAUGAUCCAGAAGAGAUGCUAAAGAUCAUAUGUACUGUAAGGAAACAUAUCCUGACUGGAGGGCCUAAGAGGCUUCCCUUCACUAUCCCUCCCCUUGUCUUUAAUUCUCUUAAGUUGGUUAGACGACUACAAGGGCAGCAGGAGAAUGCUGCUGCUGAAGAGGUAGCCCCUACGCCAAAGAAAAUUUUCCAGCUUCUGAAUCAGACAAUUGAAGCUUUAUCAACUGUACCAGUACCUGAACUGGCAUUGAGGUUGUACUUGCAAUGUGCUGAGGCUGCAAAUGACUGCGAUCUAGAACCUGUUGCUUAUGAAUUUUUCACCCAAGCAUAUAUACUAUAUGAAGAAGAAAUUUCGGACUCCAGAGCACAGGUGACUGCGAUACAUCUGAUUAUAGGGACUCUUCAGAGGAUGCACGUCUUUGGUGUUGAGAACAGGGAUACAUUGACACACAAAGCCACGGGGUAUUCUGCAAAGCUUUUGAAGAAGCCUGAUCAAUGUAGAGCAGUUUACGCAUGUUCACAUCUCUUUUGGAUUGAUGACAAUGACAGCGUCAAGGAUGGAGAGAGGGUAUUGCUUUGCUUAAAGCGUGCUCUUAGAAUUGCUAAUGCUGCUCAACAAAUGGCCAAUGCAACACGGGGUAGCAGUGGAUCAGUCAUGCUCUUCAUUGAAAUACUAAACAAGUAUCUGUACUUCUUUGAAAAGGGGAACCCAGAGAUAAAUGUUUCUGCGAUCCAGGGUUUGAUUGAAUUAAUUACAACCGAAAUGCAGAGUGACAGUAUAACACCAGACCCAGCUGCAGAUGCUUUCUUCGCGAGUACAUUGCGGUACAUCCAGUUCCAGAAGCAGAAAGGUGGUGCAAUGGGCGAGAAAUACGAACCCAUUAAGGUGUGAUUGGCUGGAUGAACGAUGACAGAAGCAGUCUGUUUUUUGUUGGUUUGGAGUUUCAGAAACAAUAUAUUCAGCUUUGGGCUUCGUGCACGGUCAGAGAGAGCUGGGCACAAGUCGUGCUAUGUUUCUGGUGGGAAGGAGCUUUGCCUUCAUGCCCAAUUUGAUCCAAUCUGAAGUUAAGUGAGCUUUGUUCUGUCUGAGGAAAAUUCUGUAGUCUGUACCUAAUAGAGCUUCUAUAUUGUCAUGUGGAGUUAAUGCGUUGAAGUAUUCAGAAUCAUGGCAAUAACAUCGUUGAUUUUAGUGAAUAAAGUUUCCUACUUGCCAUUCGUAA